AUGCCAGGGGAUAUCAGAAGAUAUCAAAUCGACUAUAUCAUAGUGAGGAAGAGGUUCAGGAAUCAAGUACAUAGAUGCAAAACAUAUCCAAGCGCUUACGUGAACAGCGACCAUAAUCUUCUCAUGAUGAAAUGUAAUGUAGUGUAUAAGAAACUAACAAGAAGAAAUCAAACAUCAAGGAAAUACGACUUAAGAAUGCUAAAAGAUAAUACCAUAAAUACAGCUUAUGUAUCCUACACCAACGAAAAAAUAAAGUUAAACCCGCUAUUACCAAGUAACACUACGGAAGACAAAUGGAAUAAAAUAAAGGAUGCUAUACAUAACGCAGCCAGCAACACGUUGAAAAGAAACUCACCAGAACCUAGGAAAUCAUGGAUAAACGAUAACAUUAUAAGAGAUAUUGAAGAGAGAAGGAAGUAUAAAAACGCCAAGGAUAAUCAUGGAAUACGGAGAUAUAAAAAGCUGAAGAACAAAAUUAAUAGAGAGGGAAAAUUUGCAAGAGAGAAAUGGUUAGAAGAAAAGUACCGAGAAGUGGAACAAUUGCUUAGGAAUAACAGGUUGGAUCAAGCGUUUAACAUAAUUAAGAAAUUCUUUAGAGGAAAAAAUAAACUAAACAGCAGAAUAAGAGACAUAGAUGGAAACUUGAUACUGGACAACGACAAAAUAACAACAAGAUGGAAAAAAUAUCUUGAAGCUCUAUACCAGGAAGGAGAAGCAGCUAAUCUCAAUAAUAAUAACAACCCAGAUAUGCAAGGAGAAGAAAUCUUAAGAGGCGAGUUCAGCAGAACUUUAAAGUUAAUGAAAACAGGNAAUGCGAGUACAGAAUUACAAGACGAGCUAUUCAAAUUAGUGAAUGAUAUAUACACUACAGGAGAGAUCCCAAAAGACUUCAAGGAAAGCAUUAUAAUACCUAUACCUAAAAAAGCAACGGCAGAUAAAUACAAUGAAUUUAGAACAAUAAGUUUAAUGGCACAUGCAGCCAAAAUCCUAUUAAAGAUAAUAUGCACCCGAAUUGAGAGCAUAGUAGAAAAAGAGUUAAGCGACGACCAAUUCGGGUUCAGAAGGAACAAAGGUACUAGAGAGGCAAUCUUAAGCUUAAGGUUAUUGAUAGAAAAACAAAUAGAAUUUAAUAAAGACACAUUUAUAGCGUUUAUAGAUUUGGAAAAAGCUUUCGAUAAGGUACCAUGGAAAGUUCUAUUCUAUACUUUAGAAGGAAUAGGAGCUGACUAUAAAGAUAGAAGGAUAAUAUAUAAUUUAUAUAAAGACCAAUCAGCUAUAAUAAAAGUUACAGACAAAACAGAGACGGCGAUAAUUAGGAAGGGUGUAAGACAAGGAUGUCCACUCUCGCCAGCUUUAUUUAAUAUUUACGUCGAACAGCCUAUAAAAGAAAUUAGAGAAACAAUUCUCAGAAAUAAAAUAGGCAUAAAAGUGGGUGGAGAAAUAAUAUCCUUCUUAAGAUUCGCUGACGAUAUUGCACUCCUAGCUAGCAAUAAGCACGAUUUGGAAAGAGCACUGGAAGAAAUGGCGAGGUGCUUCCAAAAAUAUCAGCUGAUUAUCAACUGA